GCAUUAAAUUAUUCGCCCCAUGACCAACUCGAUCCUGAUAAUUUUCUCAGAAAUUUGACUGAUGCACUAAAUUCGCCCUGUAUAAGAAUCAACGGCAAAUCCAUUUCUGUAAAUAAAUAUCUAAGUCAGAUGUUCGUUCAUGUAGCAGGACGUCGAAUACGCAAUCCUCGGAAUUACCGACUGAGCUAUCUUGCCGCUUCAAAAUAGUGAACCCUGACAUAAUCCUCCACAAAUUAUAUGAUUAUAAUGUAGUAGAUCUUGAAAUUCAUUCUUGAAUUUCUCCAGGCAAGCUGACCAUUCAAAUUUACUUGCCCUUCAUAAAAUGCACUCCUGCAUUUUGACGGACAAACAUUGUAAAAAACAUAGACUCAGAUUGAUUUUGUUUUCUCUGCGGUGGUAUAAAUGGAAGACAGACCUGGGAAGAUAUUUGUAGGAGGUCUGGAUUUUGAUAUAGACGAAGAAGAAUUUGAGAAAAUAUUUGCCAAAUUUGGAAAAGUAACUGAAGUAUUACUAAAACGUGAUCAGCAGAACUGUAGAUCUAGAGGUUUGGUUUCCAUCACAUACGAGAAUCCCUCGGAUGCUGACGACGCUGUAAAGUCACUCGAUAAACAGGAUUUAAAAGGUAAAAUGGUACAUGUAGAUCAUGCAGUAAAACCAGGGAGGAUCGUCAGGGGGUGGUGACCGCGGUGGUCGUGGUGGGUUUCAGAGGCAGAGGUGCACCUCGAGGU